CGUGAGCCCAGCGCUUCGGAUGACUUCGGACAAUUUCGAGAGUUGAGAGGGAUGGUGAAUAUGAGCCGUUCUCUCUAGCUCUUACGUAGGAAACAUAAUACUUGGAUGACAUUCUGACAUCUUUACAUCGUAACCAUCUGCAAAGCAGAAAUAUCCUGUUGACAGCAAUUAUUUGUGAAGUGAGACUCGAGCAAUUUCAAACAAAAAUAUAUUUCAAAGUUAGAUUAAAUAUAUGUAUAAAUACUCAAUUAUUCAGUUCCAUUUUGAACAGAAACACGGAUGUGUCACCAAAGUGUGUUGGCAAAAUUUGGAUAACAACUGUGCGGGUAUAGUUUCUUAUUCUGGUCGCGUGAACGUAAAAUAGCGAUACCAAAAUGGUUCUCGCGGAUUUAGGUCGCAAAAUUACAUCUGCGCUUCGGUCUCUCAGCAAUGCGACUGUUAUCAAUGAAGAAGUUCUUAAUUCUAUGCUAAAAGAGAUAUGUGCUGCACUACUGGAAGCAGAUGUCAACAUAAGACUUGUUAAGAAACUUAGAGAAAAUGUACGUCUUGUUAUUGACUUCGAUGAUAUGGCUGGGGGUCUUAAUAAAAGGAGGAUGAUACAGAGCGCCGUCUUUAAAGAGCUUGUAAAGUUGAUUGAUCCAGGAGUAAAAGCCUAUCAGCCUGUGAAAGGACGACCAAAUAUAAUUAUGUUCGUUGGUCUGCAAGGUUCAGGAAAAACUACCACUUGCACAAAACUUGCAUAUCAUUAUCUAAAGAAAAAUUGGAAAGCUUGCUUGGUUUGCGCUGAUACUUUUCGAGCUGGCGCUUACGAUCAAAUAAAACAAAAUGCAACGAAAGCUAGAAUUCCGUUUUAUGGAAGUUAUACAGAAGUAGACCCAGUGGCAAUAGCACAGGAUGGCGUGGAAAUGUUUAAAAAAGAAGGUUAUGAGAUCAUUAUUGUUGAUACUAGUGGCAGACACAAACAGGAAGAGUCCCUAUUUGAAGAAAUGCUUCAAGUUGCUAAUGCAAUUCAACCAGAUAAUAUAAUCUUUGUAAUGGAUGCUACAAUAGGGCAGGCUUGUGAAGCUCAGGCGAAAGCUUUCAAAGAACGUGUUAAUGUUGGUUCUAUCAUCAUCACAAAACUUGAUGGGCAUGCAAAGGGUGGAGGUGCUCUUUCAGCGGUUGCUGCAACACAAAGUCCAGUGAUUUUUGUUGGCACAGGAGAACACAUAGAUGAUCUGGAGCCUUUCAAGACAAAACCUUUCAUUAGCAAAUUAUUGGGUAUGGGCGAUCUAGAAGGUCUUAUAGACAAAGUGAAUGAAUUAAAUCUUGAUGAUAAUGAAGAAUUACUUGAAAAAAUCAAACAUGGACAGUUCACUUUGAGGGAUAUGUACGAACAAUUUCAAAAUAUUAUGAAAAUGGGUCCGUUUUCUCAGCUGAUGGGGAUGAUUCCUGGUUUUAGUCAAGAUUUUAUGUCGAAAGGUACAGAGCAGGAAUCUAUGGCAAGACUAAAACGUUUAAUGACUAUCAUGGACAGUAUGAACGACUCAGAAUUAGACAACAGGGAUGGUGCAAAAUUAUUCAGUAAACAGCCAGGGAGAAUAGUAAGGGUAGCACAAGGUUCUGGAGUGACUGAAAAAGAAGUCAAGGAUUUAAUUACACAGUACACGAAAUUCGCAGCCGUUGUUAAAAAGAUGGGCGGUAUUAAGGGAUUAUUUAAACCUGGAGAUAUGACUAAGAAUGUAAAUUCAACACAAAUGGCAAAAUUGAAUCAUCAAAUGGCAAAAAUGAUGGACCCAAGAGUUUUGCAUCAAAUGGGUGGUAUGCCAGGAUUACAGAGCAUCAUGAAGCAGCUUCAGCAAGGUGCAGCAGGUGGACUUGGAAACUUAAUGGGUGGUUUUGGUGGAAAAUCGUGAGAGUUAGCUCAAUGAUGAAAAAAUUCAUUGGCCAGAUUCACUGUCGGUCUCUGAUAUAAUUCUUCGUUAAACAUCAAUAAUAAAGGAGAGGAAGGGACUUCGAAGCCGUGACUUUUCAUCGAGGAUGAUCUCUUAAACAAAAAAAUAAUAAAAAUCUAGAGGAAAUUUUAUUAUUUAUGUUCAGAGAUUUUUCUCAACGCGAAAAACAAAUAAAAAGAGAUUUUCUGUACUAUAUGUA